CGUUACGAGGUCACUAACAAAAAAUCCAGCCAACCCGGGUACCACGUUGGACAGCGACUACGCGAACUGCUGCCUCCCGCUGGCACGCGAUGGCUACCUCUCUCUCUUCUCGGCCGUUAUCGGCAGCCUCGUCAGCUUCCCAGUGGCUUUCGCUCUUAUAAGCUGUUUUGGCCGGCGCUGGGCGAUCACGAUUUGCUUUUUCUGCACUUCCCUACUUCUCUUUGUGGAGGCAAGAUCAACUAUUAUUACCAUCCACCACACACCAACUAGGCAGAAUUUAAUCUUGUAUAAUGAACAGUAA